CUUCCGGUCCGCCAUGCUGCAGGCUCCGCUGUGUUUCUGAGGGAGGCUUUGGUGGUUCCGGGUUCUGUGCUGAGACCAGCUGUUAGGAGCUGUGAGGAGAGCGGGCGAACUGGGAAUCCGCGCCAUGGCUGUGGUGACCUAUGAGGAUGUGCAUGUGAACUUCUCUCACGAAGAGUGGGCUUUGCUGGAUUCUUCCCAGAAGAGUCUCUACAGAGAUGUGAUGCUGGAAACCUACUGGAACCUCACUGCUAUCGGUUACAAAUUGGAAGACCACAAUGUUGAAGAAUACUAUCAAAGUUAUAGAAGACAUAGAAGGUAUAACAUCUGUCAUUGUGAAUACAAGCCUUGUGAGCAUAAGGGAUAUGGAAAGAACCAAUAUAUAUUUGCCUGUAACAAUUUUCUUCAAAUAUAUGAUAGAAUCCAAACUGAAGAGAAACCGUAUGGAUGUAGUCAAUGCAGUAAAGCCUUUGCAAAUUUCCGUAGUCUUCGAAAACAUGAAAAAAACCAUACUAGAGAAAAACCCUAUGAGUGUAGUCAGUGCAGUAAAGCCUUUGUAAGUCGCAGUUCUCUUCAAAUACAUGAAAGAACGCAUACAGGAGAGAAACCCUAUGACUGUAAUGAAUGUGGAAAAGCCUUUUCAACUCGCAGUCAUCUUCAAAUACAUAAAAGAACUCAUACAGGAGAGAAACCCUAUGAUUGCAGUGAAUGUGGAAAAGUAUUUUCACGUAGCAGCAAUCUUCUAAUACAUAAAAGAAGUCAUACAGGAGAGAAACCCUAUGGUUGCAAUGAAUGUGGGAAAGCGUUUGCAUGUCGCAGUCAUCUUCAGAAACACAAAAGAACUCACACUGGAGAGAAACCUUAUGAUUGUGAUGAAUGUGGGAAAGCUUUUGCAACUAGAAGUCAUCUUCAAAUACAUGAAAGAACUCACACUGGAGAGAAACCAUAUGAAUGUAAUCAAUGCGGUAAAGCCUUUAUAGGUCGCAGUCAUCUUCAAAUACAUAAAAGAGUGCAUACUGGAGAGAAACCUUAUGAGUGUAAUCAAUGUGGUAAAGCUUUUGCAUAUAACAGUGGUCUUCAUCGACAUGAAAUAAUUCAUACUGGAGAGAAACCCUAUGGAUGUAAUCAAUGUGGUAAAGCCUUUGCAAGUCGUAGUAGUCUUCGAAAUCAUGAGGAACAUCAUACUCUUGAGAAGCCAUAUGAAUGUACUCUAUGUGGUAAAGCCUUUGCAUAUUGCAGUAAUCUUUAUAUACAUGAAAGAUGUCAUACUGGAGAGAAACCGUAUGUAUGUACUCAGUGUGGUAAAGCCUUUGCACGUCGCAGUCACCUUCAUAUACAUGAAAGAAUUCAUGCUGGAGAGAAACCUUAUGAGUGUAAUCAAUGUGGAAAAGCUUUUCUACUUCGCAGUAGUCUUCAAAUACAUGAAAGAACUCAUACUGGAGAGAAACCUUAUGUAUGUAAUCAAUGUGGUAAAGCCUUUGCACGUCAGAGUCUUCUUCAAAUACAUGAAAGAAGUCAUACUGGAGAGAAACCUUAUGAGUGUAAUCAAUGCAGUAAGGCCUUUGUAUGUCGCAGUAGUCUCCAAAUGCAUGAAAGAACUCACACUGGAGAAAGACCUUAUGAAUGUAAUCAGUGUGGAAAAGCCUUUUCACGUCGCAGUCUUCUUCAGAAACAUGAAAGAAGUCAUAGUGGAGAGAAACCUUAUGCAUGUAAUCAAUGUGGUAAAGCCUUUGCAAGUCGUAGUAGUCUUCGAAAUCACGAAAAACAUCAUAAUAUUGAGAAACCUAAUGAAUGUAAUCAGUGUGCUAAAGCGUACAUCUCUUCCACCAUCUUUAAAUAUAUGAAAGAAACCACACUGGAAAGCACCUCUGAGUGUAGUCAAUGUGGGAAAUCCUUUACAAGUCACAGUUACUCAGUGUUACGGUAAAGACUGCAUAUUGGAGUAGUCUUCGUUAUCACAGAACAUGUCAUACUAGAGAAAUCCUAUGAAUGUAAUUGAAACAGUAAAGCUUUGGCACAUCAGUGUAAUCUUCAGAUGCAUCAAAAAAAUUAUACUGGAGAGAAACCUUAAAAUGUAAUCAAUGGGACAACACCUCUGCAUCUUAUAGUCGUCUUCAAAGGAAUGAAAGAAUUCUUAUAGGAGAGAAACACCAUGAAAUCUAAUACAUGCAGUAAGGGCUUGCACAACAAGCAUAUUUUUCCUACUGAGUCAUCUCACUGGUGCUUAUGUAAGAUUAGUAGAACCAUUUCAUCCUUAAAACACUGUCUUCUUCUUAGAUUGUAUACAAAGUGUUACCGAAGUAGAGAAGAACACAGAAAAACUUGAAUAAUAAAACAUACUUUCAAAUGAAAAUGAUAUUUAUACUGCCAUCCAUUUUUGUGGGUUAUCUUAUCUUAUUCUGAGGAACAAAUACUUGUUCUUAACACUUUAUCAGAACCACAAAUUAGUCCAGAGAAUGUCCUCAGUGAGUGAGGGAAGCUGCAGUUAAGGCUGAUGAGGUCAUCAUCUGGGAGACCCAAAGUCCUCAUGUGAGUUCAUUUUCCUCUCUGUUUCCGAUGUGUACUACUGUUUCUAAUGUGUGCCAUUGUAGGUGAAGCUAGUGGUCUCCAAUAGAGGCCUGGUGAUUCAGUUUUGGGAAAUUUGGUCAUUUGCAAAGGCACUGUGACCGAGCUGCUCAAAAGGUCUCAGAUCUCAAAAUAUCUGGUGCAUUAAUUGUGAGAAAUAUUGUACUUGGUUCAUAAAACAUUUGUUCAGGGUCAAAGCAUCUCUAAGGGUAAUGGCUUUUGUUAAUAUAAACCAGAAAAACAGCCUAGGCUUCCAGAUGUGUGCAGGCAAUGUGGCAAGGCUUGCCAUUGGACCCCUAAGUGUAGGUCCAGCAGAGAUAUCCUAGGCAAUUUUCUUAUCAUUGAAAAAUGCAAGACCUGGUCUGAGGUUUUGCAGCCAAAAAGUACGAGGUGUGUGUUUCUUGUAAGCCAUGAAAUAAUAAUCAGGCAGAAAACCUUCAAUUAAUAUUGAGGAUCUAGUGCAUGCUAAAGUACUGCUGCAUGUGCUUCUAGUGCAAGUACUGCUGUAGACUUGGCCAUAUAUAAACAUCUUACUCUAUCCCCCAAAAUUUAAUGUUACAAAAUAUCUACAGGGUUUAUGGUCCUUUACCUGCUAGGACAGUAGGAAUGACUUAGGAAAGGCGUGGAUUGACUUUCCAAAGGUCCAUUGUGCAUCCAGGAAUUAUAGAUGAAGAUUUCAAAGAGGAAAUUAAAAUUAUGGCCUAUGUAAAAAAUGAGAUGCAUUUUAAUGCAGGUGAUGAUUGCUCAGCUGCUACUGUUUCCCUGUAUCAAAGCCAGACCUGCACUAGUAGAAAGAACAGAAGAGGUUGAAAGUACUGGAAAACAUGUGUUCUGGUGAACAGUUGUUUAUGACGAGAGGUCAAAAUUAAAAUAGCAGGUAAGUGGUAUUGAAAUAGAAGGUUUGGUGGGUACAGGAGCAGAUAUAACUAGUAUUUCACAAAGGUCUUGGAAUUCAUAGUGACCCACUUUAAAAAGUUUAUACACAGUUUCUGGGAAUUGGGAAGUUAUUAAAAAUGAAGUGUGAGAUGGCUUAAAUGUGUGGGACCAGAAGGUCAAAUAGGAAAGUUAAGACCUUAUGUGGCUGAUACACCCAUACAUUUAUGGCAAAUGGAUCUUUUACAACAUUUGGGUACUCAGUAUAAUAUUCCUGCAUUUCCAGAGAGCACCCCUGAUGAAACUAGGGGUGAGAUGGUAGAUGUUCCUGGGGAAGGCAUUGAUACACACACA